AUGUCAGAAGAAAAAAUUGAGAGUCUAAUCGAUAAAGCAGAUGGAACGCAAAUUGAAUCUAUGGAAGAUAAGAUAAAAAUAAAACAGGAUGAUAAGGGUAAACAAAAACAUAAACAAGAAGAUACCUCUGACAAAUCUAAUGGUCGAGCAAAUAACAAUGAAAGUGGAAAUUGUUAUUGUGGAAAGGAAAGAAAUCUUAAUAUCAUAGAAUUAUUGUGUGCUAGUUGCUUAAGAUGGUUUCAUGAAUCUUGUAUCGGUUAUCAGUUGGGUAAAUUAGUUCCCUUUAUGAUGAAUUAUAUAUUCAUGUGCAAAAAUUGUUCUCCUACUGGUCUAGAGAGUUUCAAAAAGAACCAAGCACCAUUUCCACAAAUGUGUGUAACAGCAAUAGCAAAUCUGUUACAAAUGUCCCAAAAAGAUAAUGAACAAAAAAUACUUUUUCAUAAAGACAAAGAUAUUAUUCCUUUCAUUGAAUGUCACUGGGACAGUAUGACUACAAUGCCCCGCCGAGUUACUCAAUCUUGGCAUGCAACGAUACAUAGAGCUCUAUUAAAAGACGUUGGGUCGCUAUUUACUAUCGAUGAAAGUGCUCUAGAUGGUCAGUUAUUUGGACUUACAUGCUCUGAUCUGCAAACAAUCAAACCAAAUUACGAAGCAAUGAUUAAAGGUGGUCAUCUAAAAGUAACUGAAAUGGGUGUUCAACAUGUUGUGCCACUUAGUGGAGGACUUCGUGGUCGCAAUGCAAAACGUAAAUUUCCUGGAGAAGGAACGGGCACGGGUCCUGGUAAAAAGGGUAGAGGUUCAGAUAUGGCAGCUCCUAAAUUACCAGCCCAUGGUUAUCCUCUUGAACAUCCUUUCAAUAAAGAUGGUUAUAGAUACAUCCUUGCUGAACCAGAUCCUCAUGCACCAUUCAGACAGGAAUUUGAUGAAAGCAGUGACUGGGCUGGAAAACCUAUUCCUGGAUGGUUAUACAGGGCUUUAAGUCCAAGUGCAGUUUUACUUGCUUUACAUAAUAGAGCUCCCCAGCUCAAAGUUUCUGAGGACAGGCUUGCAGUCACUGGAGAAAAGGGCUAUUGCAUGGUCAGAGCUACUCACAAUGUAAGUAGAGGAACAUGGUACUGGGAGGCGACUAUCGAAGAAAUGCCUGAGGGGUCAGCCACAAGACUAGGCUGGGGUCAAGAAUAUGCUAACUUACAAGCUCCACUUGGUUACGACAAAUUUGGAUAUUCUUGGAGAUCUAGGAAGGGUACACGAUUUCAUGAAAGUAGAGGUAAACAUUAUAGCAAUGGUUAUGGAGAGGGUGAUACCUUAGGAUUUUUAAUACUUUUACCUGAUACACACGAUGUUUCACAUUUACCAAAUACCUAUAAAGAUCGGCCCUUAGUUAAGUUCAAAAGCCACCUUUAUUAUGAAGAAAAGGAUCAAGUACCUGAAGCGCUUAAAGCUCUAAGACCACUCGAAGGAAGUAAAAUUGUAUUUUACAAAAAUGGAGUAAAUCAAGGCGAAGCAUUUGUUGAUAUUAAUAAAGGGGCCUAUUAUCCUACUAUCUCGAUUCAUAAAAGCGCCACAGUUUCUGUCAAUUUUGGCCCGAAUUUUAAGUAUCCUCCUACGAACAUGGCUUUUAGAGGGGUGCAUGACAGAGCAGAAGAAACAAUAGCAGAGCAAUGUAUGGCUGAUAUACUUUAUUUCACCGAAAACGAGGGAAAAUUAAGACUGGAUACUUUUGCUUUAUGACAUUAAUGUAUCUUUUAUUUUUGGAAUUAAUUUUUAUUUUUGAUUAAAUAUACGGAACUACCACAUA